AUGAACCCACAACGUAUAAUUGAAGCUCAGAAAUUCUUUCAAUCCCAACGUGGUCCUCUCUUCUUGCAAGGAAGUCCUACUUCACGUGGCUUUGUCUACCUCCACUUUGGUAUGAUUUGUGUUGGCUUGAUCGGCGCACUUCAUGGUAGCUACAAAAUGGCAAAGGGUGAAAAAAAAUAG